AUGCUAAAAUGUGGAAUAGAGAAAAAUUAUCAAAAAGCUCAUGUAGAAAUAUUCAGCUUCUACAUGUUGCUUGAAUGGGAAGAAUUGCAGGAUAUUGUUCACACCUACAACCACUUUGCUUCUCAAUUUUUGAGAGUAUCUUCUAUGAUCGCUAAUGGCGUUCCUAACAUAUCCUUAAACUUAAAAUCUACUCAAAGUUUUGACAUACGUUAUCGCAAUAAACCUACCUCAUCUGAAAUAGCAGUAUUAUUACCUGCUGAUGGCAGUGAUCAUAUAGCCCAUAGAGAUAUUAUCUUAAAAACUAUAUCUGGUCCUUUAAGACGUAUUAACGAGCUCCAUUCCUCAUACGAUCCCUUGCAAUAUGUUCUUCUUUUUCCCAGGGGCGAUAUUGGAUAUCACCCAUCCAUUCAUUAUAGAAACUCAACUAAUAAAUAUGUUACCUGCAGAGAGUACUAUGCCUAUCGCUUUAUGAGGCAGGAUGAUGAGAAUGUUAUUUUAAGAUCCAAAAGUCUUUUUCACCAAUUUAUCGUCGACAGUUAUUCCAAACAGGAAAUGCUUCGAUUAAAUUUUAUACGUAAUAAUCAAUCCAAAUUACGCGCCGAACUCUAUCAAGGCAUACAUGAUGCUAUUUUAGAGGGAGAUACUAAUGCCGACAAUCUUGGCAGAAGAAUAAUUUUGCCUUCUUCUUUUACCGGUAGCCCAAGGCAUAUACAUCAGCUUUAUCAGGACGCAAUGGCUAUUGUACUCUGCUUUGGUAAGCUAUCAUUAUUAUCAUUAUUCACCACUUUCACCUGCAACCCUAAAUGGGAUGAAAUAAUGCGUGAAUUAUUUCGUCAUCAGACCCCAAACGACCGCCCAGAUUUAGUUUGUCGCGUUUUUCGUCAAAAAUUAAAAUGUCUAAAAAAGGAUUUGCUCUAUUAUCAUGUUCUUGGCAGAGUAAUCGCUUAUAUAGAUGUCAUAGAAUUCCAGAAAAGAGGUUUGCCUCAUUGUCAUAUGUGCCUUAUACUAGAUAAAUCUCAUAGGCUACCAACGGCUGAUACUUAUGAUGAGGUAGUUUGUGCUGAGAUUCCUAACAAAAUAACUGAGCCUAAGCUGUUUCAAAUUAUUAGCAAUUUUAAUACACAUGGGCCAUGUGGUAUAACAUUUCCUAAUAGUCCCUGCAUGAUUGAUGGAAAAUGUUCAAAAAAAUAUCCUAAAUCAUUUGUGGAUACCUCUUCUAUUGAUAAGUAUGGUUAUCCUUUAUAUCGGCGGCGAAAUGAUGGCGUUACCUUCCAAAAAAAAUUAAACGGAUUUAUAUUUAACAACCGUUGGAUUAUUCCUUAUAAUAAACACUUAUCAAAAAAAUAUAAUGCACAUAUAAAUGUAGAAAUUUGUUCUUCAAUCCAGUCCAUAAAAUACCUAUAUAAGUAUCGUUACAAAGGCCAUGACAGAACUACUGCAUCUCUUUCCAUUAAUAAUGUCGAUGAAACUACCCAGUUCAUUGAUGCUCGAUAUAUAUCCGCCAUAGAAUCGCUAUGGCGUACUCUGGAUUUUGAAAUGCAGGAUCAUUCUCCUGCAGUCUAUCGUUUAGACCUUCAUCUACCUAAUCAACAUUUGAUCCUUUUUCAAUCUAAUACUGAUUUAAAUAAUAUCUUAACUAAAAAUCCUGGUACAAAAUUAACCGAAUGGGGUGAUGAUAAGGUUAUUCGUAUACGCACAGUUUCUCCUAAAGAGGGUGAGGUUUUUUAUUUAAGACUAUCACUUAAUUAUGUAGCUGGGCCAACAUGCUUUGAAGAUCUACUCUCUUUUAAUGGAAUUGUCAGUAAUACUUUUAAAGAUGCAUGUAUUCGACAUGGUCUGUUAUCAGAUGAUGCGGAAUGGAACCAUUGUUUAGAGGAAGGUCUUUCAUUUAAGAUGCCAUAUCAAUUGCGCCAGUUAUUUUCUGUUAUUUUAUUACAUUGUGAGCUGAGAGAUCCUCUAGGUCUAUGGAAUUCUUUUAAAUUUUAUCUUUGUGAAGAUUUUGCCAAGAAAAUAUCAUCAGAGCCGGAUAACCUUAUCAACGAAAAUCUCGCCCUAUGCCACGUCAAUCAAAUUUUGAUUCAAAAUGGUAAAUCUCUUAAGGAUUUUUUGGGAAUGCCUAUCCAUUUAUUAUCCACUCAAUCUCCAUCUGCCACAGCUAAUAUUAGGUGUCACCUUAUUCGGGAGGAAAUUUCCCACGAUACUGAUGAUAUUGCUGAUGAAACGAUAACCGAGGAUGAAGCGAAGUUUUAUCCCACUGAAUUUUUAAACUCUUUAAGUAUAUCAGGAUUACCACCUCACAAACUUUUAUUCAAAGUCGGGGUACCUAUAAUAUUAAUGCGUAACUUAAAUUCUUCUUCUGCUUUGAAUAAUGGGACUAAAAGGAUUAUAACUCCUUUGCUACCAAAUAUAAUUGAGGCGAAAUUUGUUUCUGGUAGUUUUCUCAUUACUGAAGUUCUCAUUCCUAGAAUAAGUUUAAUUCCUACAGAUUCUGGCUUGCCAUUUUCCUUUAAGCGCCGCCAAUUUCCCGUGAGACCUGUUUUUGUCAUGACAAUUAAUAAAGCUCAGCUAUAUGUGGCUAUGUCUCGAGUUUGUUCUCCUCAUAAAUUAAAGAUUAUAACUAAUGAUAAAACAAGAACUACAAUCAAUGAUGUAUAUCAAGAAGUUAUAUCCGAUUAA